CACAAUACCAAAAAGGCGCUGAAGAAGCGUCUAGGUGUCUGGAGGGCUUCUGUGUUUAUAUGAGGAAAGUGAUUUAGUAAUUCUGCAGAAGAUUUACCCUGUAAACACCACAAAAUGCCCAACCAUUGUGUAGCUUAUGGAUGUGGAAAGUCCUACCAGGACAAUGUUAGUAUGUUUAGAUUUCCCAAGGACCGUGGUGAGUUUCUGAAAUGGCAAAAACAGGUACAAAGAACUCGCCACAAAUGGGUUGCCAAGAGCUCCUCUUUCUUGUGCUCUGAACACUUUAGCAAGGACUGUUUUGAACCCAGACCCACCACGGUCUCCAAAACCAUGGGUUCAAAAGGGCUCAAGCUGAAGAAAGGUGCCAUUCCGACUAUUUUUAUCCGACCGCCUUGCACAAAAUGUAGAGGCCGCAGAACCACCUGUAAAGUAUGCAGUCCAAAGGGGAAAAAGCAAAGUGUGAGCACAGAGUAUCAGAAGCCGGACUCGGAAGUUUGGCCUCCUGUAAAUGCAGACUUGGAUGCUGCAGAGAAAGAGAAUGAAACAGUGGAAAAAGAACACAAUGGACAGCAUCCAUCUGAUGAAGAUGGGCAUAUUAGUCCUACAUUUGCCCCGCUUUCUCCUUUGGAAUAUGGUGAUGAUCCAGUGGUUUGUGAGAUGUGUGGGAUUUCUGGAACCCGUGGAACUUUUUACUCCAGAUCUAAGCGCUUCUGCAGUCCAUCCUGCUCCCGCUCUUUCUCUUCGAACUCUAAAAAAUCCUCUAUAAUGGCACGGUUACAGGGAAGGCCUCUUCGGAAAGCUCAUGCAGCACAGACCAAUGCUUCUCUUCAGGUGGAAGUGACAGAACGUCAUCAUGGAAGCACAGCUGUUAGGAAAGAUGCCUCAUCUGGUUUUAACUGGGGAUGCUACCUUGAGAAACAUGGUUGCCUCGCUGCUCCCGUGUCCUGCUUUAGACAUGUACCACUCUGUGCUCAGUGGGAGGACAUUGAGGUGGGAUUGCAAGUAGAGGUCCUGAAUACUUGCACUACUUUGCUGACCAAGGUCUACUGGAUUGCCACCGUCAUUCGACUUGCUGGUUAUAUGGCCCUUUUACGUUACAUGGGAUUUGAAGAUGAUGAUCGUCAUGAUUUUUGGUGUAAUCUGGGUAUCGCUGAUGUCCAUCCUAUUGGCUGGUGUGCUGUGAACAGUAAACUACUUGUUCCUCCUCAGGAGAUCAACAAACGUAUAAGUGAUUGGAAAUCAUACUUGAUGCAAAGACUUGUAGGAGCAUCUACAAUACCUGUGGAUUUUCAUGUUAUGAUGACUGAUAGUAUGAAGUGUCCCUUCAGGCAGGGGGUUCGUGUAGAAGUAGUGGAUCGCUCUCUGGUUAGUCGAACCCGUACAGCAGUGGUAGACACUGUGAUUGGCGGUCGUCUGAGGCUUAUAUAUGAAGAUGCAGGCCUUGGAUCCUCAGGGGAGGUCCUCUCAGAUUUCUGGUGUCACAUGUUGAGCCCCCUUAUACACCCCAUAAGCUGGUCUGUUAGAGUGGGACAUCUUAUUAAGGAGACAGAUAAGUCUGUUGAUAUGAGCAGUCAUCCAGCAUUCCGUAAGGUUUUCUGUGACAGUGUGCCAGGUCAGUUCAAAAAGUUAAGGACUGUUUAUUUGGAAGGAGGGUUUUUUAGAGAGGGCAUGAAACUGGAGGCCAUCGAUCCUCUGAACCUGGGAAACAUCUGUGUAGCUUCAGUUCGAAAGGUUCUCUUUGAUGGAUAUCUCAUGGUCAGUAUUGACGGUGUGGAGAUUGGAGAUGGCUCAGACUGGUUUUGCUACCAUGCUAGCUCACAUGCCAUCUUACCCACAGGAUAUUGCCAAAGCAAUGACAUACCCCUCACUCUACCCCCUGGAUACGAUCAGGCAACAUUCACAUGGGACAAAUAUUUGGAAGAAACAGGAGCAGAGGCUGCUCCACGCAGACUGUUUAAUACUGAUGCUGUACAACAUGGCUUUGUGCCAGACAUGAAGCUUGAGGCAGUGGACCUAAUGGAGCCUCGGUUGGUGUGUGUGGCCACUGUGCAGCGCUGUGUGGGUCGCCUGCUUCUGCUGCACUUUGAUGGCUGGGAGUCAGAGUUUGAUCAGUGGGUGGACUGUGAAUCCCCUGAUAUCUAUCCUGUGGGCUGGUGUGAGCUUACUGGAUAUCAGCUUCAGCCCCCCAUUGGCCCAGAACCACAGGAACGUACAAGCAAAAAAUCGGCAGGUAAAAAAAAGAGAAGAUAUGUAAAGAAAAAAACAAGCGAUGAUGCAUCAAAAACUUCAGUCUCUCAGCAAGAUGAACUUCUCCAGUCAGACAAUCACCCUAUACCUACUCAUUCUCAAGACAUGCUAACUCCACCUGCAGACACACCCAUGCAGCCUGUGAACAUGCCACUCAUAACUCUAAAAACUGAGCCAGAGGAAGAGAUUAUUUCCUUUAAAGUGAAAGUGGAGGAGAUGGAGAUGGAGACACUGAUCACUCCGGAUGUUGAAGGCAAUGAAAACAAUGGAUUCCAAACCCCUCCGUUUUCCUUACUGAAAGAAGAAAGUCUAGAGUGAUGCUGUAGACUGGAUGGCUAUGUACUGAUGGACAUUAUAUGAAUACUGUUAUCUCUUUAGAUAAAAAAGUGGGGGAAAAAAGGGAAACAUUCUUUUAUUUUGUAUACUAUUUCUUGUUUUUUGUACCAUUUUCUUUUUCAUUUAAUAAAAACUUUGGUAGUACCAAUAAAUUAUAAACACUAGUUUCAUCAUAACUAUGACGACUGAGCAGAUAAUUCAAGAUAAAUGAGAUCACAGGCUAUACAUUACAUGUUAAAAAUAGAUUAUGUUAAAAUAGGAGUAAACCAAUAGCACUGAGUGAUAAACUGUUGUUCAGAUCAUAACAUCUGACAGAAAACAUUUAAUAUUAGGUAAUUGUGUAAUUGGUCAUGUGUAAUUGGUCAUGGAAAAAAAAGGUGUAUUAUUCAAUUGUGAAAUUAAGUAAAACAUUGUUGAAUACUUGAUUUAGAAAUGUCAUAAAUAAUUCAGCCCUUAUAAAUGUUGUAAUCACACUGACUUCUGUACAAAGUGAGCUUUUGCAUUCUUGCGU